UUUUUUUAUUUUAGUUUUGUCUUCCCUGAUUUGUCAUUGUUCGCGGUAAAUAACUGUUCCUUUCCUGAUCUCUUUAGCCGUGGCAGCGUCUCUCUUCAGGUUUAGAUUCCGAUUCCGAUAGAUAUGACAGAAGGAGGCAAUGGAUUGCCUGCGACACCAUAUGAGGAGGCACUGGAUGCUUUGUCUUCUCUUAUCUCGCAACGCAGACGCGCCGAUAAGAACAACAAUGGGGAUCGCUUCGAACUGCUUUUCGAUUACUUGAAGAUGUUAGAACUGGAGGAGCCGAUUUCACGAAUGAAGAUCAUUCACGUAGCAGGAACCAAAGGAAAGGGAUCCACAUGUGCUUUCACUGAAUCUAUAUUGCGCCGUUGUGGAUUUCGGACUGGACUUUUCACUUCUCCUCACCUUAUUGAUGUUCGAGAAAGAUUUCGCUUGGAUGGCCUGGACAUUUGCGAGGAGAAAUUUUUGGCCUACUUUUGGUGGUGCUAUGAUAGGCUGAAGGAAAGGACAAAUGACGAUGUACCAAUGCCUAAUUACUUUCGGUUUCUUGCCUUACUUGCCUUCAAGAUAUUUGCCGCUGAGCAGGUAGAAGUGGCUAUUUUGGAGGUUGGUUUGGGUGGAAAGUUUGAUGCAACAAAUGUGGUUCAGGCACCUAUUGUAUGUGGUAUAUCUUCCCUGGGAUAUGACCAUAUGGAAAUUCUCGGAAAUACCCUUGGAGAAAUUGCCGGGGAGAAGGCUGGCAUUUUUAAGCAAGGAGUCCCAGCAUUCACUGUUCCUCAGCCUGAUGAAGCCAUGCGAGUCCUUGAAGAAAAGGCUUCUCGGCUUGAUGUUCAUCUUCAGAUAGCAGCACCAAUGGAUGUAGACUUGCUGAAAGGUCUAAAACUCGGGCUUGAAGGCGAGCACCAGUAUUUAAAUGCUGGUCUUGCUAUUGCACUAUCUUCCACAUGGCUUCAGAGGACAGGUUAUCUUGAUAUCAGUUACCAUGAUAAGAUUAACUUGCUGCCCGAGCAGUUUAUUGAGGGGCUAACGAUGACCAAUUUGCAAGGACGAGCUCAGAUUGUCCCUGACAGGCAUAUUGACAUGGAAAGGCCUGGAGAUCUAGUGUUUUAUCUGGAUGGAGCUCAUAGUCCUGAAAGCAUGGAAGCAUGUGGAAGAUGGUUUUCUCUUGCCAUUAGAGAUCCUGACCAGCAACAACGGACGUUAAAUUAUCGGUCAAAGGACCAUUCUGGAUCUGCACCUGAAUCAGUAGAGGGGCUUCAUAAAGAAAGAUCUAGCAACUCCACUCAGAUACUGUUGUUCAAUUGUAUGUCGGUGAGGGAUCCUCAGUUGCUUCUUCCGUGCCUGAUGCAAACAUGUGCUACUCAUGGUGUAUAUUUCAAGAAGGCGCUCUUUGUGCCAAAUACAUCUCUGUAUUACAAAGUUGGAUCCCAUGCUUCACCACCAACUGAUUCUCAAGUAGAUUUGUCCUGGCAGUUCACUCUUCAACGAGUGUGGGAAAGCCUCAUGCAAAGAGAUAAAGGAGAGGAGGCUCAUAGUACGGAUGCCUUUGGGGAAGGAGUUACAGAUGAUGCUGAAGUGAGUCUUAGGAUUUGUGAACAUAGCAGUGUCUUCCCUUCUCUGCAGUUGGCUAUUAAAUGGCUCAGGGACAAUGUCCAACAAAAUCAAUCAGCACGUUUUCAGGUCCUUGUUACUGGUUCAUUACAUCUUGUGGGCGAUGUGUUGAGAUUAGUCAAGAAGUGACACUGUUUUUACGAAGUUAACCUCUUGUGGUAUUGCACUUUAGCCUCCAAGAGGCUGUCAUUCAUGCAUGCUGGACAAAAUUAAUUUGGGGCAGCGUUGUUGUGAAGUGAAUUCUCCCUUUAUGAAGUGCCAGGCUGUGUAACUUAUUACACCGUAAUUGUUAUCCAUUCACGAAUUUUUUUUGGCCAUUUGAGGUGGAGCUACUAAAUCUGUGCUGUCAAAUGUUGUUUGUUUCUGUAACAUAUACUCAUAUAGAACAUUUGAAGUUGCAGCAAAGAUUUCAGUUAAAGUCGGCUGGAUCUGCCACUAAAGAUGAGUAAAAGCGCUUGUAGUAUUCAAAAGAAAUAGGAAGUUGAUUCUCUCUCUUUUUCUUGUCUUGAUUCUCUGUCUUGAAUAUACAAUCACCUAGAGUGGCUUGCUUAUCUAUAAUAUAUGGGAAUGGAAGCAUGUUUGGUGUGCUA